AAAAUGAAGAAAUGAAGAUUAUUUUUAAAGGAAGGAAAUUUAAGGAUAAAUUUAAUCAUCUUAAAAGUAUAUAUUUUAAUGUUAUGAAUAGUUUAAACAUUGAAAAGUCAUAGUUUUAUUAUAAUAACAGACUUAUAACAGUUCAAAAGGUCAAUAUAGUUAAAAGUGUUUGUAGAACUUUUUCUUUGAGUUCUAGAAAGAUACUAUAUCCAGUAACACAUGUUAUUUUUGAUAUGGAUGGUGUACUUUUAGACACUGAAAAUAUUCACAAAAAAGCUGUAUCUGAUGUUGUAGCUAAAUUUGGAAAAAUCUAUAACUUAGAUUUACGUUAUAGAGUCUUAGGUGCUCCAGAAAUUGAAGGAGCUAAGAUGGUUGUAAAUGAACUUCAAUUAGAUAUAUCAGUUAAUCAUUUUAUAGAAAUGGUGCAUAAAAUUGAAGAAAAUCUUUUACCUCAUGUUAAUAUUUUACCAGGUGUUGAAAGAUUUUUGCAACAUCUUCAUGAUCACAGUAUACCAUUUGCUAUUGCAACAAGCAGCAGCAAAGAAAGCUAUGAAAUAAAAACCAGUAAACAUAAAGAUCUUUUUUCACUUUUUAAUCAUGUAGUAACUGGGGCUUCUGAUGCAGAAGUAAAACUAGGAAAACCAGCUCCUGAUAUAUUUUUAACUUGUGCUUCAAGAUUCAACGAUAAACCAAAUCCAAGAAAGUGCAUUGUGUUUGAAGAUUCACCUAAUGGUGUACGAGGUGCAAUUGCAGCUGGCAUGCAAGUUGUUAUGUUACCAGAUCCACUGCUGCCAAAAGAAUUAUGUACUGAAGCUACCAUUAUAAUAAAUAGUAUGAAUGAUUUUUGUCCAGAAAUAUUUGGUUUACCAAAUAUUGAAUUUUAAGAGUUAUGAAUUAAAUAUUUUUUGGAUUAAAUCCAUUUAUACAUAAACAAAUGUUUUACACAUUUUUUUUUUUGUUAAUCGAGUUAGAUAAUUGAAUAUAAUAUAAUAAUCAGAGAGUAAUAAUGAAUAAGAAUGAAUAGAAUAAGAUUAAGAAUAAAUAGUUUGAGAAUGUCAAUUAAUUUCAUUUUAUUAAUAAAAUUAACAUUUUUUUUUUAUUUCAUAAUUUAAAAUGGAAAUUAUAAAAAAUAAUGUUAAUUAAACACAAUUAUGUAUUAAUCAUUUCGUUUCGUACUUCACUUUCAUCUACCUUAUUAUAUAUUUUUUAUUUUUUAAAUAUUUAAUUUUUUUUUUUAUUGAUGAACAAACAUUUUUUUUCAGUUUUAAUAUUAAAUUUCUGAAUUUCUAGAUUUUAAUUUCUAUGUCAAAAAUUAAUUACAAUGUAAUUAUGUUUACCAAAUAAAACAUUAAUUAUGAAAAAUAUUACACUUUUUAAAAUGUGAAAUUUAAGCUUGUAAAAAUAUAAUAUUUUUAAGAUUUAUUUAUACAGUACUUCUAAAAUUUUAAUGUUUGAAAAUAUCUGGAUAAUUUAAAUGUUGGAAAAUUAAUUUAUUUUAUUGAAAGGUAUUUUAAUGAAAUUAUUAAUAACUAUUAUACAAGGCUAAUUGUACAAAUUUGAAUAGAAUUAAAAACAAAACACUCAGAUUCAUUCACUGAAUUUCAGUUAUGUACAUUUUUAAAAUAGUUUAUAUUAUGAAUUAUGUAAAUUAUUUUUUUAGAAAUUAUGUUUUCUUUUUUAAUGUAUACUCUACGAAUGUACACAUAUUACCUUUGAACUUUUUCAAGCUAUUUUGUACAAAUUAAGUUAUAGUUAUAAGUUAAAGCAUAGAAUUUAUUAUUGUUAAUGGAGUAUUUAUGAAAGUCUUUUGUUUGUAAAUUAAUAAAAGGCUUCAAUUUAAUGUCAAUAAUUUUUAAAUAAAAAACUUAAAAACUAAAUUGGUCCAAAUAACAAAAUUGUUUUUAUGUUCUUGUUGGAAUUGGACAACCAAAUGACUGUUAAAUUUACCACUGAUCUUUGUUAAUUGUUUUUAUUGUUGUUGGAUAUUAUUUAUUUCCUAUUAUGAAUAAUUCUAUUAAACUAUUAUAAUUUUCCUAGUAUACGUUGUUUUAUAACCAUAAUAUCUUUGACAAUCAUUAAUUUAGUGUAUAUAUUGUGUACACACUAUUUUAUACACUCAGUAUAAUGUGAUUUUUUUUUUUAAAUCUUGUAAUUUACUCAUCAAUUUUUAAUUUUAUGAAAUUAUGAACAAAAAAAAUAAUUAAUUUAAAUAUAACUCUUUCUGAAAAAUAAUCUGGUUAUAACCAACCCGAAAGGUUAUAAAACGAUAUGAUGGUAAGGGUAUACAGGGUGUUCAGUAAGUCAGGAAACGGGUAUCUAUUGUUCUCAUUGUAACAAACAAUGAGAACAAUAGAAACCCGUUUCCUGACUUACUGAACACUCUGUAUAUUCUCUAACAUGCAAUAUAUUAAAUUUUUCAACCAAUACAGACUGGGUUUUCCAGAUAUUUUUGUAAAAUUAAUUAUUUGUAUAUUUUUGAAUACCCUAAUAAAAUAUUGAUUUUGUAGUUUUA